UCUCCUGGAAUAAUGCUUCGCUUAACCUCACCUCAGUCCUCGCCCACGUCGUCUCCCAUGGCGGUUCUCCCUCCCGAUAAACUAUUAGAUUAUAAUAUGCAUUUGGAGAUCCGAAUCCAUAUUUAAAGGUCCGAAUUGACAGAGAUGGCGAUAGUUACCGGAGACUGGUAUGUCGACUCACUGGUGAAGUUCGUGGAGAGCCAUGCGGAGCUGUUGAUUGAAGGGACGCUAGUGCUCAAACUCAACCCUGUCGGCCUCCACUACGUGCACUCCAGGCUCGAGGCGCUGGCGGAGUUAGAAAGCUUGCUCGCCGGUGCUCCGGUGGAUUACUUCCGUGCUUACGUCUCGGACCUAGGUGACCACCGCGCUCUCGAGCAGCUCCGUCGGAUUCUCUGCCUCCUAACGUCGCUUAAGGUCUUCUCCGUGCUGCCGCCCCCGGCCAGGGACCCCUCGCCUCUGUCGCUGCUGCCUUUUACCAGGCUUAAGGUUCUGGAGCUAAGAGGAUGUGAUCUCUCGACCUCCGCCGCUCGUGGACUUCUCCAACUCAGGCAAUCUUUGGAGAAAUUGAUUUGUCAUAACUCAACUGAUGCAUUACGGCAUGUAUUUGCGAGUAGAAUAGCUGAUAUAAAGGAUUCUCCACAGUGGAAUCGGUUGUGGUUUGUUUCAUGUGCUUGCAAUGGUUUGCUUCUCAUGGAUGAAUCCUUACAUCUCCUUCCCGCUGUCGAAACACUUGAUUUGAGCAGGAACAAGUUUGCUAGAGUGGAUAAUCUUCGAAAGUGCCCCAGAUUGAAGCAUCUAGAUAUAGGGUUUAAUCACCUUAGAACUGUUGCAUCAUUUAGUGAGGUUUCAUCUCAUAUUGUUAAGCUUGUUUUGAGGAAUAACGCUUUGACUACAUUGCGUGGGAUUGAGAAUUUGAAAUCACUUGAGGCACUUGAUCUAUCCAACAAUAUAAUCUCUAGUUUCUUUGAGAUAGAAAUCCUUGGUGGACUGUCAUCUUUGCAAAAUUUAUGGUUAGAAGGAAAUCCUCUUUGUUGUGCAAGAUGGUACAGAGCCCAUGUGCUCAGCUUUUUUCCUUAUCCAGACAAAUUGAAACUAGAUGAAAAGAAACACACAAAAAGUGAUUUAUGGAAGAGGCAAAUACUUAUUGCCAGGAGGCAGAAACGCCCUGCUAGUUUUGGAUUUUAUUCAUCAGCAAGAGAUGAUACUAAACCAGAAGGAAUCAUCAACACAAAAAAAAAAAAGGUACCCCGAUUUGUUAGCAUUAACGAUGCAGAAGAAAGUACAUGCCUGUGUUCAGAUGAAGAUUCAGUCUCUUUUGUUAAUGAGAUUCAUAGCAAAGAGAAGAAUGCCAUUUCAGAUGAAGAAUCUGGAAUUGUAGAUUUGAUGAAUAGGAUUGAAUUUAUUAAGAAAGAAAAUAAUGGUCUAUGGUUGCAGGAGUUCAAAGAUUGGAUGGAUUGUGACAAUUGUGUUGUGGGUGUUAAUGGUAAAGGGACUAAUUUAAAAGCGGAGAAAGGUAAACAAAGGAAAGGAAAGAUGAGAGGCAAGCAGGAUGAUGAGAGCUCAAGGUACAUAUCCAACUCUGUUCAAUUUUCUGGAGAAAAUGGCAAUAUGGAAGUUCUAGAAUCUGAUACUUUCUUUGCUGAAUCAUCCCUUAGUUUCAGUGAAAAAAAGUACACUGAUCAGAUAAGUGAAACAGAAUCAAUGGUUUUUGUGGGUCAUGUUGAUUUGAACUUUAACAGUAUGAAAAGCACCAGAAAUAACCAGGAGAAUGUUAAAAUUUUAAAUGAUGAGGAGCUUCUUUCUGGACAUGCAAGAAUCUCUCCUUUUGAUUCUUCUGAAUUCCCCUCUCAGAACAACAGUUUCACGACUAUACCUUCAAUUAAUACUACUUUGGAUGCUAGCCAUGGAUCACCUCCCCAUUACAAGGAGGAUAUUUUGUAUCAACGCCUCAACUUAGAAGAAGAGUUUCUCCAGCUAUCUUCAGAGACAUUCUCUGUAGCAUCAUCUGAUACCGAUACAAGUUCCAGUAAAGAUGAUUCUGCUCAGUAUGGGGAAUUCAUAUCUCCGAAGAUCAAUUUUUAGUUGAGGAUAUCUAUCUCAGAUAUGAGUGUGCAUGGAUGGAUUAAAUUUUUCCUGCAAAAUGUUCCAUAAAUGAUGCAAUUAUGAAAAUCUGCCUUUGAGCCAAAUUCCAAGCAUACCUCAUCCAGCUGUAUCGAGGUUCAACAAACAGAUAGAUCCUCAAUCUAUUUUAUAGAAAGUUUGGUGAAGCAAGAGGAAAAUUGGUUGGAGAAGAAAAUACCUUAAAAGGAAAUCUUCAAAGAGAAUGAUGUCUUCCACUACCUGAGGAAACUAAUUCAAGAAGACAAGAUGGAGCAAGUAAAGAAAUCCAAUUAAAAAUCAAUUAGAGAUGGUGAAGAUGGGAUUUAUUCUGUAAGCAAUUUCCAGAAACUUGCUAUUGGAGAUAACUUGUCAAAGGACUACAAUAAAAGAGCGUGGAAACUAUGGAAAUGAAAAAUCAAACAGAGACGGUGAAGAUGGGAUUUAUUCUAUUGGGAAAUUACAGAAAGCUGCUGUGGACAUAUAACUUGUUGAAGUGCUAGGAUAAAAGUGCAUGUAAAUUGUUUAAGAGUCUCACGUUGAAAAAAUAAGAGAGAAUGUAUAAGUUUAUAAGAUCAUUGGUUGGAUUCAAUCUUUUAAUGUGGUUUGACCCAUGUGCAUUAUAGGACUCUAGCCCGCCCAAUCUUCUAACAGAAGUAAGAGUUAAUGAAACCAUCCAGAAAUGCAGGAGGUGCCAUUGUUUGCUCCAGGAACAGUCUAAGUGCAUUGACAGGGCAAAGAACUGACCACUAAGCUAAGAGGAAAAAGGCGUUUCACAGAUGCAGUACCAAUCAGCCAAGAGAAGCCAAGUCUCUGGUCUCUUGAUAUGGCUCUCAAAGAUACUAGCUUAGUAACAAAAUGCAGUAUAAUAAUAUAAAUAAGGGUCUAAAACAAGACCCAAGUACCAUGUAACCGUUUUCUUUAACAAGAAGCGGAAUAAACUUGUUUCUAACAAACCACAUUAAACAGAAAUUAAUGUAAAUAAAAAUUAUUGUACCUUUCAAAAAAAAAAAAAUUAUUGUACACUGUAUAAUGAUAAUUUAUGUAACACAUUUCAUUCCA